AUGCGAAACGACAUCAGCGUGCAAGUCGCCCGCGCAACACAGACCGAGGCGGAGGCCACAUUAUACGGCUGCUGCGAGCGACGCUCAGGCAACGAAUCUGCGUUUGUGACUUGUGGUGUGACUUUGGAGUAUGAUUGUCCAGCCACUUGGUUGGGUGCUGGAAGCGUGUGUGCUUCCAACUGUGACGAUCAACGACUCGCGCCGUGCUGCCUGCACAACAACGGGACGUGUGCCAUUGUGACCAGUAGCUACUGCGAUGCAUUAGGUGGCACCUAUCACCCUGAGGCGCAGCGCUGUGGCGAGGUCAAUUGCUUGCGGGAUAGCUGUGGACCGGGAGGCUCAGCUGAAAAUCCAGACCAGGGAUGGCGCAUUCUCACGGCAUUGUUCAUGCACGCCGGGGCCAUCCACCUGCUGGUGAUGCUCUAUGUGCAGCUCAGUGUGGGCGUGCCACUUGAACGCAAGGCCGGGUGGCUACGUAUAGCUCUGAUUUACCUUAUUUCAGGCUGUGGCGGCAAUCUGGUCAGUGCUCUUUUUGUACCCAACUCGGCACAGGUCGGGGCAUCGGGUGCAGUCUACGGCUUGGUUGCCACCGCCCUGGUGGACCUCAUGCACUGCUGGCGGUUGCUCAAGUCCCCAUGGGUGCAACUCGGUACCUAUCUGAUCCAAACCGCGGUCCUAUUGUUGCUGGGCACGACGCCCUGGCUCGAUAAUUUCGCUCACGUGGGCGGUUUUCUCUUUGGCCUGCUGGGCGGGAUCGUUUUCCUGCCCUACGUCACGUUCGGCGCUUGGGACAAGUUUCGUAAGCGCUUGCUCCUAGUCAUUUGCUUUCCUGCGCUGGUGCUCGCCUUCUUGGUGGUGCUGGUCCUUUUUUAUCGGGUCCAGAACACCAACUUUUGCCCAGGCUGCGAGCGCAUCCAAUGCGUUGAUUGGGUCAAAGGCUUGUGCGACAAUGGCGCCGUAUCUGAAGCAUGA